AUGGGUAACGUGGAAGUACCGAAAUGGCUGCAAGGGUUGCCAUGGGCGCCCGAGUUUCGGCCCACUGAUACGGAAUUUGCCGACCCAAUCGCGUAUAUAUCCAAAAUUGAGAAGGAAGCUGGCGCCUUUGGGAUAUGCAAGAUUGUGCCACCGCUGCCCAAGCCUUCGAAGAAAUAUGUGUUCUCUAAUUUGAAUAAGUCUCUGGCCAAAUCCCCUGAAUUGGGGGAUGAUGUUGCCUUGUCAAACAUUGGUUCUUCUUCGAAGUUGGGUUCUGAGGAUGGUGUUAGGGAUGGAGAUACGAGGGCAGUGUUUACGACUAGGCAUCAAGAACUAGGACAGAGUAUCAAGAAGAGAAGCGGUGAAAAAGAUUAUCCGCAUUUGGUUUCCCAUAAACAAGUGUGGCAAAGUGGGGAAGCCUAUACAUUGGAACAGUUUGAAUCCAAGUCGAAGGCUUUUGCGAAGAGUGUGCUGGGUUCAAUCAAGGAGGUUAAUCCUUUAGUCAUAGAGGCCCUGUUCUGGAAAGCAGCUUCUGAGAAACCUAUCUAUGUGGAAUAUGCAAAUGAUGUGCCUGGGUCAGCUUUUGGAGAACCUGAGGGUCAGUUUCGGUAUUUCAAUCGUCGGAGAAGGAGACGGGCAUCAUACCAGUCCUAUCGAAGACAUGGGGAAAGCUACAAUUGCAGGAAUAAUAAAAUGGUUGGUUCUGAUAACGCUAUAGCUGAUAAUGUGGCGGAUGCUCCUAGUAAGAAUGACUCAAGUGCAUUGUCGUCUGCUGCUUCAACAACUUCGCUUUCAUCUGAAUUUGUGAGAUCUGAUAACCGAAAGGGUGAAAUUGCUAGUUGCGAUGUGGAAGGCACAGCUGGGUGGAAACUUUCCAACAGCCCUUGGAAUCUUCAAAUGAUUGCUCGUUCACCUGGGUCUCUUACACGUUAUAUGCCGGAUGAUAUCCCAGGGGUUACUUCUCCUAUGAUUUAUAUUGGUAUGCUAUACAGUUGGUUUGCUUGGCAUGUUGAGGAUCACGAGCUUCACAGCAUAAACUUUCUCCAUAUUGGCUCUCCAAAAACAUGGUAUUCUGUUCCUGGAGAUUAUGCUUUUGCUUUUGAGGAGGUUAUCCAAAGACAGGCUUAUGGUGGUCAUGUGGAUCGCCUAGCUGCUCUGUCACUGUUGGGCGAAAAGACAACCCUUCUGUCACCCGAGUUAGUUGUUUCAUCCGGCAUUCCUUGUUGUAGGUUAAUACAGAACCCCGGUGAAUUUGUUGUCACUUUUCCAAGGGCUUAUCAUGUAGGAUUCAGCCACGGUUUUAACUGUGGAGAAGCGGCUAAUUUUAGCACUCCCCAAUGGCUGGAAGUAGCUAAGGAAGCUGCAGUCCGUAGAGCCGCCAUGAAUUAUCUUCCAAUGCUUUCCCAUCAGCAACUGCUAUACUUGUUGACCAUGUCGUUUGUUUCGAGAGUCCCAAGAUCCCUCCUCCCUGGUGCACGGAGUUCUCGCCUAAGAGAUCGCCAAAAGGAAGAAAGAGAGGUGGCUGUGAAAAGGGCUUUUAUAGAAGAUAUGCUACGAGAGAAUAAAACUUCACGUACUAUUCUCAGAAAGGAUCCAGACUGUAAGGUUGUGAUAUGGAAUCCUGAUUUGCUACCUCGUGCGAUGAAAGAGUCUCAGGUGACUGGUAUAACUUGUGCUACUGCUCCCGCACUGGAAGAAAAUCUCUCCCAACCUCAGUUAGAACCUGACAGGGAAAAUACAAAAAGUGAUCUAGUUAAGGAGAUGAGCAAGUAUGUGGAGAGUUUGAAUGCUUUAUAUGCUGAUGGAGGUGAUAUAUCAUGUGAUUUUCAAGUCGAUUCAGGGUCAUUGGUUUGUGUGGCUUGUGGAAUCCUUGGUUUCCCGUUCAUGUGUGUGUUACAACCAUCUGAGCGAGCAUCAGAAGAGCUAUUGCAUGUGGAUAAUAAUACUUCAACCGGCAAUGGCAAACCAACAGUCAGAAUUGCUCAUUCUUCUGGAGAUCGUUUUGACGAUCCUCUUCAUAUGUCUGAUCCGUGUUCAGCUCUAAAAGAUCUUCAUCUGCCUAGAGGGUGGGAUACUUCCAAUAGAUUUCACAGACCCCGAAUUUUCUGCCUGGAGCAUGGUCUUCAAAUUCGCGAGCUGUUGCAGUCUAAAGGUGGCGCAAACAUGCUUCUCAUAUGCCAUUCAGAUUUUCAGAAAAUGAAGGCCUAUGCUACUUCUAUUGCGGAGGAGAUCAAUAUUCAUUUUGAUUACAAAGAGGUACCGUUGGAAAGUGCUUUGAAGGAAGAUCUGAACUUGAUUGAUUUUGCAAUAGACGGUCAAGCCUGGGAGGAAUGUGGGGAGGACUGGACAUCCAAAAUGUGUGUCAACUUACGCCACUGUGUGAAGAUCAGGAAAAAAUCUCCAUCUAAGCAAGUCCAGCAUGCACUGGCUUUAGCAGGACUGUUUUCUGACGGAAGUCCCAAUUCCGAGUUUUCUACUCUCAAGUGGCAAUUCAGAAGAUCUAGGUCAAGAACUAAGCCAAAUCAUUCUGCCGGGUUUUCAAGUGGAAACUUUGAAUCCAACAAAGAUGGCGUGCUGGAGAAAGUUUCAGAGAGUGUGACUAAUAAAGAAGAAACUGUACUAGUUUACACAAGGCGGAAGUUUAAGACCAAAGAACCUUGUACCAUAAAUGGUGCUCAAGGUCAACGAGACUUCAAUCUGCAAAGCUGCAAUGUAUCUUUAAAGAAUAAAACUGGGGCACCUGAAGAUGGUUCAGAAGACGGGGUUGCAGAGAAGCUAAACGAGUUUCAGUUUCUUGAAGCUAAUGCUCAGAUGCAACAGGACACCAAUGAUACUAACGGAAGCAGUGAGAGUGAGAAUCCUUGUUCCAUAAAUGGUCCCAAUUCUAGUGUGCAAGCAGCUAACGUACUGUUGGUGAUACAUAAGGAUGAUAGAACCGAAGAUGUGAUCACUUGUGAUAAUGCUACGAAGCUGAAAGUCCAGGUGGAUGAAGAUGUUGUUCUAGUCAGUGAGGCAUCUGAUAUUGCUAGCUCACCUUCAGCCCAAGAGGAACAUGUAGUUGUGGAGACUUCUUGCACAAAUGGUGAAGCUUGUGAUCAUGUGACAUUGAAGAGUGGAAAAAUUGAAGAAGGCCAAAAUAUGUCUAGUAGCAACUGUUCUAUUUUAUCUGAUGAGACAGUGGCGAUGGAGUCUAUUACUUCAGUCGGAGAAGCUUCUUGUGAUCAACUACAAGUUGAAACAAACAGUGAUAGUAAAAGGGAGCUAUCUGCGACUACUUUAAAUGUCGCUGAGCAGACAGCCUCAGUUAGGAGCUUUGGAUCAUUUGAUGUUAAGGUCAGAAAGAGAAGAAGAGAAGUUGACCAGUUAACAAAUGACAGUCCCAAUCCAAAGAGCUUUGUAAGAGGUCCGUGUGAAGGGUUGAGGCCCAGAAGAAUGGGGAUAAUAGAUGCGACCACGAGCAAUAGUGAAGCUACUGAUACGGAGAAAUCAGCUGUGGAGAAUAAUGCAGUAGCAAAGAGGGUGAAGAAAUAUCCGGAUGUUUCAGUUACCCAUCCGAAGAAGAAGAAGAAAGAGAUGACGAAGAGACCUCACAAGUGUGAUAUAGAAGGUUGCGGGAUGAUGUUCGAGACCAAAGCAGAGCUAGUGCUGCACAGUCGAAAUCAAUGCCCAUAUGAAGGGUGCAGGAAGAAAUUUAGCUGUCACAGGUACGCACUCAUCCAUCAAAGAGUUCACGAGGACGAUAGACCACUGAAAUGUCCAUGGAAGGGUUGCAAGAUGUCGUUUAAGUGGGCAUGGGCAAGGAUUGAGCACAUCAGGGUGCACACAGGCGAGAAGCCGUACCAGUGCAAGGUUGAGGGCUGCGGGCUUCGUUUCAGCUGCUCAGAAUCAAUUAGCAGAGCUCAUUUCCCUGAUGGCUUCAUUUUUGGGACAGCAUCCUCUGCUUAUCAGUUUGAAGGAGCUGCAACAGAGGGAAACAAAGGAGCAAGCAUAUGGGAUACCUUCACACAAAAGCCAGCUGGAAGAAUUUUGGAUUUCAGCAAUGCUGAUGUUACAGUGGAUCAAUACCACAGGUUUCAGGAUGAUAUAGGGUUGAUGAAAGAUGUGGGAAUGGACGCCUACAGAUUCUCCAUCUCGUGGGCAAGAAUCUUCCCAAAUGGAACAGGGAAACUCAAUCCAGAAGGCAUAAGUUACUACAACGACCUCAUUGAUGGAUUACUAGAAAACGGAAUCCAGCCUUAUGUGACUCUAUAUCACUGGGAUCUUCCGCAGAUGCUUCACGACAAGUCUGGAGGAUGGUUGAGCAAGCAGAUUGUAGAGGACUUUGAGCAUUAUGCGUACACCUGCUUCCAUGCUUUUGGGGACAGAGUGAAGAAUUGGAUAACCUUCAACGAGCCUCACAAUUUCGCCAUACAAAGCUAUGAUUUCGGUAUUCAAGCACCUGGGAGGUGCUCCAUUAUUGGCCAUCUGUUCUGCAAGGAAGGAAAUUCAUCAUCAGAACCCUACAUUGUAGCCCACCACAUCCUCUUGUCACAUGCAGCUGCUUACCAUAGCUACAAAUCACAUUUCAAGGAGAAACAAGGAGGUCGAGUUGGGAUAGCACUAGAUGCCAAAUGGUUUGAACCAUUAUCUGAUGCUGACGAGGACAUAGAUGCUGCAAAUAGAGCGAUGGACUUUUCACUUGGAUGGUUCCUUGAUCCAAUUUUCAUGGGUAGAUACCCACUUUCGAUGACAAAGCUUGCUGGCGAAAGAGUACCUGAGAUCUCCUCAAAGAUGGCAAAACUCGUUACGGGGUCACUAGACUUUGUUGGGCUCAACCAUUAUACGACAUCUUACGUUCGAAAUGAUAGAACGAGGUUCCGGAAGCUGAUAUUGCAAGAUGCUUCAACUGAUUCUGCAGUCAUCACUUCCUCUUACCGCAAUGGAAUCGCCAUAGGAAAAAAAGCAGCUUCCAGUUGGCUCAGGAUCGUCCCAUGGGGCAUCCGUAAGUUGAUGAAUUAUGUAAAAGACAAGUACGGAAACCCACUUGUGAUCAUAACAGAGAAUGGAAUGGAUGAUCUCAAUAGCCCAUUCAUAUCUAGAGACAAGGCGUUGCAGGACGAGAAAAGAAUAAAGUACCACAGAGACUAUCUCUCCAACCUGUUGGCAUCCAUAAGGGAAGAUGGAUGCAAUGUAGGAGGGUAUUUCGUAUGGUCCUUGCUAGACAAUUGGGAAUGGAACUCAGGGUACACCGUUCGGUUCGGGCUAUACUAUGUUGAUUACAACAAUAAUCUCACAAGAAUACCUAAGGAUUCUGUUAAAUGGUUCAAAAGUAUGCUGCUGAGAUCAGAAAGUACUGAAUUGGAUACCCAAUAUGUAAAAUUGCACAUACCCGAAACCAACCUCUCACAUAGUGCAGGCUGA